GUACCGAUUAGGGACUCGUCUCGGCGGGGGCAGCUUUGGGACCGUCUACGCUUAUUCUGGUUUGGGGUAGAAGGCGGCUAUAAUAUUCUCGUUAUGGAACGACUGGGACCUAGUCUGGAGGAUCUAUUCACGUAUUGUAAUAAGCGUCUCUCGGUGAAGACCUGCAGCUUGCUAGGCGAGCAGAUGAUUGCCCGGAUCGAGUACUGUCAUAGUCGCUCAUUCAUUCACCGCGAUAUUAAACCUGAUAACUUCAUGAUGGGUAGUGGUGAUAAUGCGGGGAUUGUUUAUCUCAUUGAUUUUGGACUUGCCAAACGAUUUUGGGAGUCAUCGUCUUCUGCAAUGGGUGGCGGACAUCAUAUACGUUACAAGGAGAAUAAGAAUCUCACUGGUACGGCUAGAUACGCGUCUAUUAACACCCACUUGGGUAUAGAGCAAUCUCGGCGAGACGAUCUUGAAGCUCUGGGAUACGUCCUAAUCUAUUUCAUGAAGGGUGGAUUACCCUGGCAGGGUCUUCAAGCUCGUACAAAACAGGAGAAAUACUCAAAAAUCACCAAGUCUAAACUGAGCCAUCGUGUUGACAGUUUAUGUCAAGGCUUGCCUGAUGAAUUCGGGGAGUAUUUGAAACGGGUUCGAGGUUUGAAGUUCGAUGAACAGCCCAAAUAUGAGCAGCUACGUGGGCUUAUGGCUUCUGUUCGGUUACGGUCUAAUUACCCAUCAGAUGAGGAGCAUCUGGAUUGUAAAAUAAUGAAGAGUUUGCUGUUCCAACGAGAGCAGCAGUUUGAGCGUGAGAAACGCUCAGGCCCUCUGACUCCUCCAGGCUAUUACCAUUGA